AUGGCUCCCACCGCCCGCUCUCGACUGCUGUCUGCUUGUUUUCUGCUCUGUCUCGUCGCAUCGACGAAUGCUCUCCAUUUCUAUCUCGACACUAAUGAGAAGCGAUGUUUCGUGGAGGAACUCCCGACCGACACGGUUGUGGAAGGCCACUACAGAGCCCUCGAGUGGUCUGAGAAGACACAGACAUAUGUCGAAAAUCCGGACUUGGGCAUCCUCGUCGAGGUCGACGAGCUCGAGUCGAGCCACAAUGUCGUGAAGACACGCGGUCCACCCGACGGCCGCUUCACCUUCACUUCGCACGAUCCGGGCGACCAUGCGAUCUGCCUCUCCGCGUCCUACCCAUCCGGAGGCUCAUCAUGGUUUGGGAGCUCCCAUAUCCGGUUAUACCUUGACAUUGUCAUAGGCGCAACGAAGCCAGACGUCGAGCAUGACCGCACGCACGUCUCGGAGCUUUCUGCGAAGCUGCGCGAUCUGAACCAGAAGCUGGAAGAUGUCCGACGCGAGCAGCAAUACCAACGAGAGCGCGAGGCGAACUUCCGUGACCUGAGCGAGGCGACGAAUACACGGGCGUUGAGGCAUCUGAGACGGUUCUUCGAGGACAGGAAAAUGCAUUAG